AUGGUAAAAUUGAGAGGAGGAUUGGUUGGCCGCAAUACGCGUCCAAGAGUCAUUCAGGUGAAUCCUGUGUUGGGUAAACCAAUGAAGAAACAGAAGAAGAAGCAAGGAUUUAGAAAACUACAUUAUGUGGGAAACGUUGCAAUGGAGUUGCAAGAAGAAGAAGUUACAAAAGAAUUGGUUCAGCAGCAUCAAGAACGUACACAAGAAGAUGGAUUUCAGCAGUCUCAAGCAGAGAUAGAGGAAGAAGAUGUUCAGCAGUCUCAAGCAGAAAGAGAAGAGGAAGAGGUUCAGCAGCCUUAA